AAAUAAUAUUUAUGUUAUUUAUUUUUCUUUAUUUAUAUACCUAAUUUCCAACGUUCUAUUCUGUUACGAUGGCAGUAACCAUAAAUAAUAUUAAUUAAUUAUUCCUUAUUUAUAUACCUUCUUUCCAACGUGUUGUUUGCAGCACUCAGUUCUAUUCUGUUACAAUGGCGGCAACUUUCAGCCCAGCAUUCUCUCGCUCCUCAGCCUCCCCCCUCUCUCUCUCACCGCGACUCAGCUCUCCUAUCAAAACCGAUUUUGUGAAAUCUCAGGUCCGCCUUUUCUCGCCAUUAAUACCUGCUACGAAGCUUCGUGCUACAACUACAAGCACGAGAAUAUCUCACGGCCGCCAUUUUUCUCCACUAAUUCCUGCUUUGAAACUUCCUGUUACGAGCACGAGAAGGAAUUCUACUACAUUCUGUUUCACGAACAACAGUAGCCCCGACGAACCAGUUGAGAAAGACAAUGGAUCAACCUGGCAAGUAUUGAAACGGUGGGAUGUGCCAUGGAAUGGGCAAACAAUCUCUCUGACCUCACUUGCAUGUGUAGUGAGUUGUGCUUUGACAGUACUGAUUGAAGCAGCAGCCGUAAUUUAUUCAGGGAUUACCACUGAUAAGUUAAGUUUGGAUCAGUUGGCAGGAUUUUGUUUUCUGUCCCAAGGCAUACCAACUGUUGUGAUUCUCGCAGUUCAGUUAAGUCUGACUAAGUCAUUAUCUCCUAUCCCCGAAGACAUAUAUAAAUAUGAUUUGCGAGAGCCUUUCGAUCUUAAGAAAGGUUGGUUGUUAUGGGCUGGAAUUGGCUAUGUCGGAGCUCGAGCUGCCAUUUAUUUGACAAAUUCUGUAAUGUCUUUUAUCAACUAUAGACCAAAGAGAGAGAUUGAUUAUAUCAUGAUCUUGCUUCCCAUGAUUGGACAUUCAACUUUCAGCACUGCCUGUUUGUUGGGUAUGGUAGGUGUACUUGCUCCCAUUCUCGAGGAGACCGUCUUUAGAGGGUUUCUUAUGGUGUCCCUUACAAAAUGGUAUGCUCUCUGUUCUAUAAAUGACGUGCAAUUGCAUGUUCUGAAUUAGGCCUUUGUUCGGUUUAGACAUAAGAUUCAGAAUCUGAGAUCAUUCUGCAUUUUGUAGAACAAAUGGCUCUUGAGGAAGAUAUCAGGAAUAU